AUGGAUGAUUGCGUACAAAGAUUCUAUUCGGAGCCAGAAAAUAAAUAUAUAAAAACUGGAGUUCAUGGGGGCUCUCGUGUGUAUCGUGGUGAAUUUCAGCACAUGGUGGCCAUCGGUUGGAUUCAGCCAAAUGGAAAAAUCUACUAUCUUUGUGGUGGGUCGCUGAUAACCAAAGACUUCGUACUGACUGCAGCCCAUUGUGCCGUUGACGAGUUCAAUAUUGCACCGAACACGAUCCGAAUCGGAGACACCGACCUCGGCAGUGAAGAGGAUGACGAAUAUGCACAAGAGGUCGAAAUCCGCCGCAUCACUGUGCACCCCCAGUAUCGGGGAUCGCGAAAAUACUACGAUCUAGCGUUGAUUCAACUGGCGGAAUCCAUCAAAUACUCAGGGGCAGUUUGUCGGGCUUGUCUGUGGCAAGAACCGUCGUUACCUCCUGAGCGAAUGGAUGCCAUCGGAUUCGGUAGUACCGGUUUUGGAGAAGGACGCAGUCCAACGUUGAUGCGGGCGGAGUUAGACACGAUAGAGCUGUCUAGUUGCGCCUCGAAAAUAGUCACCAGUCGUAGGCAAAUGCCGAACGGAUUCCGAGACGAUCAGUUCUGUGCGGGCGGUGGUGAUAUGGACACCUGCGAGGGUGACUCGGGUGGACCGAUCGGUGUGAAACGGUUAACUGUGGGAGGCUUUGUAGUUCCUCUGGUGGUUGGUAUUGUAUCGUUCGGUACACCGUGUACCGCAGGAUCGACAGGAGUCUACACCAAGAUUAGUUCUUACAUCGAUUGGAUCGAACGAGAGGUGAACCAAACUCUGUCCUAUGGAGAAUGUUCAAAAGAUUUGAGCUGCUUACGACUCCAAAAUUCGACUACAGUUAAUUUUGCAAAAGACAACCCCCUUCAGCGGUUUGGAUUAAUCUGGGACGACACUGUGCUGUCCCUGUACGAAUGUGGAGCCACGCUGAUCGACUACCAGUAUCUGCUAACGUCCGCAUCCUGUGUCACAACCAACCGCGGCGAUCCAUCGUAUGUCUCUUAUGAUGGCAAAGAACGUAUCGCCGUGCAGGAUGUUUAUGUGUCACCAAAAUAUGUUCAAGGACGUCCAGAAAACGACGUCGCUCUCGUGAAGAUAGCAAAAUUCACCAAUCCAAAGGUACAUAGCCCAUCCUGCCUUUGGAACCGUCGUAAAGACGGCGAAUGGAGCACGGAUCCUGUUUUUAGUGCGUACGGACUAUCAAAAGAGUUCCUAUCGGAGUACUUAUCGGAGUUGGUGAACAGAACCAUUUCGAUUAUUCCUAAAGACAGAAAAGAUUGCCAAGCCGAUGGACUCCGCGGUAGUGAUUUGAUUCGUUGCCACAAUGAAGUCAACAUGGUGCCACGACUUUGUUCGUUGGACUAUGGAGCCCCGGUGACCAAUGAUAAAUAUAAAUUAGAGGAUCCCAAUUACAUCUACGGCGUAGUAUCAUCGCUCAGUAAGGAUUGUGGAUCAAGUUUAGUUAUGACGGACGUUACGCCACACAUCGAUUGGAUUGAAGCUAUCAUCAUAAACCGACGACACGAAGCGCUCAUAUUUACAGACUAG